AUGCAAGAGGAAGAGUCCCAUCGCAAACAUAGGGAGAUUGUCAAGGCAGGCGUUGGUGAGAAUGAGCCGUCCACCGGCUCCGACUCCUUCAACAAGAUCUCCUGCAUCGAAAAGUCUUGCCGGGAUUUCAUCCGCGGCCCCGACAACAUUUGCCGCAGCGCCGGCGACCGGUGCGAGUACACAGAAAGCUUCGGGACCACGCCCUUCCCGGACAUGCUGUUCGGCUGCGGUGGCGAUAUUAGGCUUCCGGGGCUGGCAGUGGCAGGCGCCUCGGGCUUCGCCGGAUUUAGCAGGAGCCCCCUCUCCCUCGUGUCGCAGCUCGACAUCUCCCGGUUCUCCUACUUUAUCGACAACUCCGGAGACGGAAGCUUCCUCAAAUGGAGCAUUGGCCAGGCCGUCGACACCGCGAUGGCUAAGGGCAGCCGCAUCACGCCGCUACUCGUGCCCAACCGGAAGGAACCCUUAGAGCUCCUCACCGACAUCCCGGCGGGAACCUUCGACGUCGGGGCAGACGGCUCCGGUGGGGUGUUCCUGAGCACCACCCUUCCUGUCACCUACCUCGAACAGGCCGCGUACAACGUCCUGAGGCGGGAGCUCGUCAGCGGGAUCAAGGCACAGGUCGUGGCUCCGGCGUUCGCCGCCGACGACCUCACCCGCCUGUGCUUCCUCACGCAAGACUUCGACAAAGCCAAGAUUCCCACGAUCUCGCUGGUGUUCGACGGUUCCGACGCGGCGAUGGAGCUCUCAGUGGAGAACUACUUCUUCAAACUCGCCGACGGGACGACGUGCCUCACCAUCCAGCCGUCGAGGGGCGGGUCCGUCCUCGGGAGCCUGCUGCAGGCGGGCAGGGCCAUGACCUACGACAUCUAUGCCGCUGGUGGCGGCCAGCUGACGUUUGAGAUGGCCACGGCGGGUGCUCCGGCGCAGGUACAGGUGUCGCUCAUGACAAUCAUAGCCACUCUUCUAGUAGCGUGGGUGCUCGGGGACCAAAGCAUAUAA